AUGCGAAAAGAGACGUGUGUCUACAAAGAUGAAAUUCACACCAAACUGAAGCCAUUUGUCAGUAAUGACUGCCAGCUAUGCAUCUGUGAUAAAAACAAUGAUAUUAUAUGUCAUCCACUGAGGUGUGCACCAGUACCUGAAAUUAUCAGAAUGAAACCAACUCCGAUAUGUCCCAACCCUCAAAAACGGAAAAAUAAAUGCUGUGAGACAAUUUACUGCCAUAAUCCUUUAUCAACUAAUUCGAAUGCCGUAUCAAAUCUCGUUGCCUAUGUAAAAAACCCACGUUCUUUGAUCAUUAGCUUUACGCCGCCGUUUUCCGGCCAACUCCGUAAACAGCUCAUUGGUUAUGAAAUACAACACGCAACACAAACCCAGAACGGAACAGCAACGAUCGAGUGGUCGACCGAAUUUUUCAAUGCGUCUUCAACGAAACAGCAAGCAAUAUCAUCAUCCAUUGACCGUCUCUUUGAAAAGCAGACGAUAAAAUAUACUGACGUUUUAGGGCAACAUUUCUCCUCGAAAAAGCAACAGCUUUCGCUAAAUAUAUCCACACCAGAAGAUGUGUUCGUUCAAGUAAACCACUUACAACCGGGAACAAAAUAUUAUAUCCGCAUACGCGUGCGCAUUGACGUGGAAAAAACUCAAAAUUACCGGCAUAGAUUUUUGGAAGAAAAUGUUGAAAGCCGAAAUAUAAAUAGCAGACGCAAUAACGCAAUGCCUGUUGAAGAAUUAAUCUCGGCAGACAAAAAGGAACAAGUGAAGCGGGUGCUGACACCAUUCUCACAGAUUAUUUCUGUCAGUACUCCUGCGAAAGAAUUGGGUUGCUACACGGACACUCGAUGGUUAUCCGAGGGUGAGACGUUUAAUCGAUCAUGCAGUGAGACGUGCACGUGUAAAAAUGGAGACGUUGUGUGCAAAUAUAUCUGCCCACCACUGAAGAUUGUAUACCCAACGGACACUUGUCCGAAUCCACGAAUUGAAAGUAUUGCCGGUGUCUGCUGUCCGCAAUGGAAGUGCAAUCACACAAGUAAGAGACUACCUGACGUUUCUUCAGUUUCUUUAUGUUGUAUUCAAAUUUCGCCAAAGUCAAAUUUGCCUUCUAUCACUUCAGGCUCGAUAAAAUAA